CGGAUCCCGGAAGUAAAUGAGACGCUUGCUGGUAAAUACACUUGCUUUACACCAACAUAACUGUUAAUGCUCAUUUACAGCGGCUGGUUUAACAUGGAACCACUGCCACACGAUACGGAGUUGGGAAACGAGAAGAGGCGUGUUGGAAACAGGAUGAGACCUCAGCUUUGACCUGACGUGGCUGCAUCUUUGGUACCAUCAUGUUGGUGACAGCGUACCUGGCUGUCAUUUUCCUCCUGGCUCUUUGUGUGGGACUGGAGCUCACAGCCCGCCGCCUCACACCUCCUCAGUCUGCUCCCACGGCUGUGGCCAACCCAGCUUUCCGUCGUUUCCAGACUGUAUUCCUGCGGGCGUACCUGCUGGCUUUGUGGGCGGACUGGCUCCAGGGUCCCUACCUCUACAAACUUUACCGCCACUACAGUUUCCUGGAAUCUCAGAUAGCCAUUUUAUAUGUGUGUGGUCUGGCUUCCUGCGUUCUGUUUGCCCCUUUUUCAGGCUGGCUCCCUCAAGCCCUGGGUCGCAGACAGAUGUGUCUUCUCUUCUGCCUGUGUUACUCAGCUUGCUGUCUCACUAAGCUGUCCAGAGACUACUUUGUUUUGAUCGUGGGCCGUAUUCUAGGAGGUUUGUCCACAUCCCUGCUCGCCACCACAUUUGAAGCCUGGUAUGUGCACCGACACGUAGAAAUCCAUGACUUUCCCAAGGAGUGGAUCCCCAGCACCUUCACCAAAGCUGCUACCUGGAACCAUGGACUUGCUGUGGGAGCAGGGCUGGUGGCUAACUUGCUUGCUGAGUGGCUCCAUUUGGGUCCAGUGGCUCCGUUUCUCCUGGCAGUCCCCUGCUUGGGUUUCUGUGGGUGGGUUGUACUAACAGACUGGGGAAAAGAAGAGGCUGAAGGAGGUCCUGAAGGAGACAAACAGACUCUGCUACUUGGCACUCCAAAUGGAGGUGUAACCCGUUUACCUACAAAAAGCAGGUUUUGGCGUAGCUGCUAUGAGGGGCUGCGCUGCCUGCUGUCAGACAGGAGAGUCCUGCUCUUGGGUGGAGUCCAGGCUCUGUUUGAAAGUGUCCUUUAUAUUUUCAUUUUUCUGUGGACUCCGGUACUAGACCCCCAUGGACCUCCUUUGGGAAUAGUUUUCUCUUGCCUGAUGGCUGCAAGUAUGGUUGGCUCCUUGCUGUACCGCCUAGCCACUUCAACACGCUACCGUCUGCAGCCGGGACAUCUCCUCUGCGUCGCUGUACUCAUGGCAUUCUUCUCUUUUUUCAUGUUAACAUUUUCCACUGCACCAGGACAGCCUAGGCCUCACGAGUCCUUCCUGGCCUUCUUGCUGCUCGAGUUGGCCUGUGGUCUGUACUUCCCUGCAGUUAGUUUUCUUCAGGGCAGGGUGAUCCCAGAGGAAAAGCGAGCCGGUGUACUGGCCUGGUUCCGGUUGCCUCUGCACCUGCUGGCCUGCCUAGGACUGCUGGCCCUUCAUGGGGAAGUAUCAGGAACAGGAGGAGGGGAAGGGGGUAGUGGCACCAGACACAUGUUCGGAGGCUGCGCUGUUAUGAUGCUGGCAGCACUGAUGGCUGUUGUUAGUCUUUUCACACUGGGCAGAAAUGACGCAGACCUGAGGCUGGAGGGAAGCCGAGGAGAGGGAGAGCUGUAGGCAGGACUUGGAAUACAACCCAUUCACGAUUGUCUAGUUUUAAAUGUCAGUUUUGUCUGGCUGAAGUUAUAAACUUGGUUGACUGGAGUAAGCUUUAGUCUGCAUUUAUGCCAAAUGAUGAAAAUCAAUAUUGUCAAGGGGGUAGUUUGUAGAUAAAAACCAGUUUAAUUUUUUUAUGUGUAUCUUGUUACCUCUUGGUUGUAUGUUUUGUUUUUCUGAGAAACGUGUCAAUGUUUAAGGGCGCUUUGGGAGUUUGCCAAUGUCUACAAUUGUCUAUAAAAGAAACUUCAGCUCCAUUCCAUUAAUUAUUCCAGAUGACUCAUAUCUGCUUCAAUUUGUAAACAUAAAUGGAGCUUUGAUAGGAUAUUAUUACUUUCAAAAUCUUGCUAAGAAUCACCAAUCCAGAUGCUUACUCAGAUAUUGAAAACAUUGAGUUAAGACAUCUGAACAGAUAUGGAAAUAAGUGAAAUAAUGCCUAGCAUGUAGACAAAUAUUUAAUUGUUCUGAUAACACACCUCUUACAGUACUUCAUUUUGUCUGUAUUUCAGUCAAAAAGAGCAAGCUAUAGUUGUAAAUAGUUACUGGGGAUUUUUUCUCUCCUUCUGCAUCAUCUGGAGGUUAUUUUGUCUCUAUUUUCUUAAUGUCUGUUUUUUGUUGUUUUGGUUUUUUAUUUACACUUUUAAUAAAAGUGCCCCUUAUGUCCAAACCAAAGAAUUUUUUCUUUCUUUUGUGCUCCCAGAAUUUCUGUUU